UGUACAAAACUUUACAGUUCCUACGAAAGCGAUAAGGACGAAAACUAUCCAGAUCGCAAAUACCGCAUUCGAGGAAUCAAUUUGGGGGAAGCCUUUGGGCGUUCCUUAUACACACUUCCAGACAAUACUACUCGGAAUUUAUCGUUGCAUUUUCGCCGGGAAAUUCUCCGUCACUCUCCCCCGCCGGCCGGCGAAUCUUAUCCCGCCUUUGUUCCAACAACACCACGUCGUUCGCUUCAGCCGGUUUUUGAAGUCGGAGAGAGAGAGAGAGAGAGAGGUGAAUGGCGGUGGAGUACAAAUGUUGCGGGACGGACUUCUUCAUACACGUAUUGAUAAUCGUGUUUCUGGUGAUGUUCGCCGGGAUGAUGUCGGGGCUCACCCUGGGCCUCAUGUCGAUGAGUCUCGUUGAUCUCGAAGUUCUCGCCAAGUCUGGUACCCCCAAGGAUCGGAAAUACGCUGAGAAGAUAUUGCCAGUUGUGCGAAAGCAACAUUUACUGCUUUGCACCCUGCUUAUUUGCAAUGCUGCCGCCAUGGAGGCGCUUCCCAUUUUUCUGGACAGUCUUGUUACUGCUUGGGGUGCCAUCCUGAUUUCAGUUACUUUGAUACUUCUGUUUGGUGAGAUUAUACCACAAUCUGUUUGUUCUAGAUAUGGAUUGGCUAUAGGUUCAACUGUUGCUCCAUUUGUUCGUGUUCUUGUUUGGAUCUGCUUUCCCGUAGCCUAUCCAAUAAGCAAGCUAUUGGACUUUCUGCUAGGACAUGGUCACGUAGCUCUUUUCCGCAGAGCUGAGUUGAAAACACUUGUUGAUAUGCAUGGUAAUGAGGCUGGAAAAGGUGGAGAACUCACACAUGAUGAGACAACAAUUAUUGCUGGAGCAUUGGAGCUUACUGAGAAAAUAGCUAGUGACGCCAUGACUCCCAUAACUGAAACUUUUGCUAUUGAUAUCAAUGCUAAGCUUGACAGGGAGCUGAUGCAUUUAAUUUUGGAGAAAGGACAUAGCAGAGUUCCAGUCUACUAUGAGCAAACUACAAACAUAAUUGGAGUUAUUCUGGUGAAGAAUUUAUUAACCAUCCAUCCAGAAGACGAAGUGCCAGUAAAGGCUGUUACUAUUCGUAGGAUUCCGAGGGUUCCGGAAACUCUGCCCUUAUAUGACAUCUUGAAUGAGUUUCAAAAAGGUCACAGUCACAUUGCUGUUGUUGUAAGACAAUGCAACAAACGAGAGGAGCAGCCUGAUAGCAAGAUUGAUGAAAAUUCCGUAAUGGAUGUGAGGGUAGAUGUUGAUGUUGAAAAGACUGCUCAAGAGAAGGCUUUGAAGGCCAAACGACAGCUCCAGAAAUGGAAGAGUUUUCCCAAUACUGGCAGCAAUUCUAUUAGGGGUAGCUCUAGGAGCAAGAAGUGGUCAAAGGACAUGUACUCAGACAUCUUGCGAAUUGAUGAUAGCCCACUCCCAAAGCUUCCUGACGAAGAGGAAGCUGUUGGCAUUAUUACUAUGGAAGAUGUCAUUGAAGAGCUUUUACAGGAGGAGAUAUUUGAUGAGACCGACCACCAGUUUGAGGAUUCAUGACAAUUGUUUUGUUUAUAAGGUUGUACUUCUAUAUAUAUAGACGGUGAAGAAAAAAAUUGUUGUAUUUGUUUCAA